AUGGAAAAAUUUAAUAAAAAACGUGAAUCAGAGUUGGAAAACCUUUUUUCCAAAAAAUAUAAGGUUACAAAUGAAAUGUCAACACCUUUCUUCAACGAAAAAGAUACUGAGAUAUACUAUAAGCAUCAUGAUCAUUCAUACGCCGAAAAUAUAAUAAUUGACCACGCCAACAGUAUAGCAAUUGACUUUGUUAAUGAUGAUUGUCUAGCUGAAAUAUUCACGUAUGUGCCAGCAUGUGAAAGACCUAAAAUUGCAUUGGUAUGUCAAAAAUGGAAAAGAGCUCUUGAUUAUUCUUGGAGUAAUGUCAGAAAACUUCAAAUAACUCACUGGGAAUGUGCUGAGUAUCCAAAUUGUUUGAAGAAAUUUACAACACCCGAUGGAAAAUUAAGCUUUUUAAAAUCAUUGCUUUAUAAAUGUGGCCGUUAUUUAUCACAAUUAGAUUUGACAGCUUAUGGUCGUAGUGAUAUAGUACAUCAUUUUCACGUCUGUCUAAGCUCAAAGUACUAG